AUGACCAUGAGGUCCAAAACCACUUUUACCUCAAUCUGCCGCGCCUGCGCGCAGGUCUCCCGGCCGCUCAACCAGAGCACCACCACCACCUUUUCCAAGCGACCUUCGUCAACGCCAUGCAUAUCGCAGCCUACCAAACCAUCAGCGAGCCAAAACAUCCGCUCCUUCACCACGACUCGCGCCGUCCGCGAACACAACACCUCUCAGUCCCCCACAAAUCCAGCAACCACACCAGCACCAACACCUGCACCUGCACCCACCCAAUCCUCCCCUCCUCAACCCCUCUCCGCCGCCGACCUCCUCUCCCGCGCCCCCAACCCCUCCACAACGCCAGGCCCCUUUCUCACCGCCACCGUCACCUCCCUCCACGCUUCGACCGCGCACGCCACGCGCACGAUUUCCCUCCCCUCACGCCACCUCCGCAAAUCCUUCCUCACGCAGACGCACGACCUCGUGCACGACCCGUACUCGCUGCUGCGCGUCGGUGACAUCAUCCGUUACAGCGCCUUCACGCCCGGCGAAGCCGCGGAGCGCGACGCCGUCAAGACGGAGCUGGAGGCGAAGAGGUGGGCGAGGCUGGCGGAGGGGAAGCGUUUGCAGGGCAGGAGGCGAGAGGGGGAUGGGAAGCCGAGUAAGCGGGUGAGGGUGCGGUAUGUGGUGAGGCAGGUGGUGACGCCGUUUGGGGUGGGGUUGAGGGAGAGGAUGGCGGAGCGGGCGGCGGCGGUGGCGGGGAAGGAGACGAUGAAGAAGAAGAGUAUUGUGGAGGGUGUGCAGGUUCGAGAGGGUGUAUUGAGGCACGGAACGACGACGACGCUGCAAGAAGCGAUUGUGUAG